AUGUCGGGGGCGCGUGAGCGCCGUCGAGACCCGUGCUUGGAGCUGGAGCGCGUCAUCGGCGCCCGCGCCCGCCGGGAAGCCUCGGCCUCGACGACGCGCUCAAAGCUGUUUGACGGAUUGCUUACCCACGCCAGCUGCCUCGGUUAUUGCCUUCAACCAUCUCCUCACCGCUGUGUCUCGUCUCUGUGGACGCAAAGAGGGUGGGUGAGGCCAUGGACGCUUUUGAUCAAACGAAUGCCCGAGCUUGGCUGCACGCCGAAUGUAGUGUCAUACAAUACACUUCUCAAGGGUUUCUGCAAUGAAAAGAGAACUGGGGAGGCACUUGAGCUGCUCCACAUGAUGGCUGAUGAUCAAGGUAGAAGCUGCCCACCAGAUGUGGUGUCCUACAACACUGUCAUCAACGGUUUCUUUACCGAGGGUGAAGUGGACAAAGCUUACAACCUAUUUCUUGCAAUGAUGGAUCGGGGGAUCCAACCGAAUGUCGUGACAUACACCACAGUAAUUGAUGGCCUAUGCAAAGCUCAAUUGGUUGACAGGGCCAAGGUUGUCUUUCUGCAGAUGAUUGAUAAAGGUGUUAAGCCAAACAAUGACACAUAUAAUUGUCUGAUCCAUGGAUAUCUCUCUACAGGACAGUGGAAACAGGUGGUUCGAAUGCUUAAAGAAAUGUCUGCAUGUGGUUUUGAGCCAGAUUGUUUUACUUAUGGUUUGCUGCUGGACUAUCUAUGCAAGAAGGGAAAAUGCACAGAAGCCAAGAAUAUUUUUGAUUCUAUGACUAGGAAGGGCAUAAAACCUAAUGUAGCUAUCUAUGGCAUUUUGCUUCAUGGAUAUGCUGGUAGGAAAUGCUCCCUGGUUUAUGGACUAUGCACCGUUGACAGAUGGGAGAAGGCCGAGGAAUUAUUUUUCGAAAUGUUGAAUCAAGGAAUCCGUCCCAAUGUCGUGUUCUUCAACACCAUAAUGUGUAACUUAUGCACAAAAGGACAGGUUAUGAAAGCCCAGAGGCUCAUUGACUUGAUGGAACGUGUGGGCACGAGGCCUGAUGUUAUCUCAUAUACUACAUUGAUAGGUGGCCACUGCUUAGUUGGUAGAAUUGAUGAAGCAGCAAAGUCACUUGAUGUUAUGCUCUCAGUUGGCUUGAAACCUAAUGAAUGGACUUAUAAUACCUUGCUUCAUGGCUACUGUAAAGCUCGCAGGAUAGAUGAUGCAUAUAGUGUUUUUCAAGAAAUGUUGCGUAAUGGCAUUACUCCCGGAGUUGUGACUUAUAGUACUAUACUGCAUGGAUUGUUUAAAACCGGGAGAUUUUCUGAAGCAAAGGAACUCUAUCUCAAUAUGAUCUCAAGUGGAAAACAGUGGAACAUUUACACGUAUAACAUAAUUCUAAAUGGGCUUUGCAAGAAUAAUCGUGUUGAUGAAGCAUUCAAAAUGUUCCAGAGCCUGUGUUCUAAGGAUCUUCAACUUGAUAUUAUUACUUUCACCAUUAUGAUUGGCGCUUUGCUCAAAGGUGGCAGAAGGGAAGAUGCCAUGAAUUUGUUUGGUGCUAUCUCUUCUUAUGGUUUGGUUCCGGAUGCUGAGACCUACUGCUUAAUAGCAGAAAAUCUCAUAGAAGAAGGGUCACUUGAGGAGUUCGAUGGUCUGUUUUCAGCAAUGGAAAAGAAUGGUACUGCUCCAAACUCACGUAUGUUAAAUGCUCUAGUUAGGAGGUUGUUGCAUAGAGGUGACAUAAGCAGGGCUGGGGCUUACCUUUCCAAACUUAAUGAAAAGAAUUUCUCACUUGAGGCUUCCACUACUUCCAUGCUUAUAUCACUUUUCUCGAGGGAGGAAUACCAGCACCAUGCAAAGUUUCUGCCUGAAAAGUAUCGUUUCCUCAAUGAAGCUAAGAAAUGA